AUGAUAAAGAUUUGCUUUCUUACUAAAUCCCUCGAGGCUAUUCAGUCCCUGAUUUGCUUGGUGAUUCACAUCCUGGGAUUUCUGUACAGACCUGAACCCCUUCCGCAUCAGUUCAUCUUUUGCGGGACGUUCUUUGCAGCUUUCCUGGUCUCCCUGAUUGGGGCAAUAAGUAUCCUAAUUCGCUAUGAAUUGUCAAUCAUCCAGGAAAUCUUCCUCUCUGGCUUCUUCUUUGUCCUUUUCCUGGCCACGGCGAUUGUCUCAAUGGCCAAUGCGGAAAAGGACAUUCAUUUACUCUUCCUCACGGAUGCCGAAGAAGCAGCUCAUCCAUUUUUCUGGAUCAAUCGCUUGCAGAGCCUUUUGGCACUCAGCACUGCCAUGAUUUACCUGCUUCACUCCAUCUACUGCCUCGAUCUUGUUCUCAUUACCAAGGAUCCCGAGGAUAUACCCAGCAUUCAGGAAUCCCUCUCGGUUCUGGAAAAGAAAGAUUUGGAUGCACUUCGACCUCUCAAGCUCAGACUGAGCUUUGCUAAUUGGUUCUACUCGAAGUUCAGGGAAUGCCGGAGGACUGCCGACGAAGAAGAAUUAAAUGAUGACUCAGAUUGA